AUGAGGAGAGAUAUCCAGAAGUCCCCAGAAAAUUCUGAUAUUUCUUCCCAGCUCUCAGACAUCUUGGACAAUGUCAACUGUGUCAUCAACCGCUUCCAGGAAGAAUUAGGAUAUGACUUAAAAGAAAAGACAAAAUCUCAUCAGAUGGAGAAAAGAGGCAAGAAAAGAUUUGUCUUGCUGGCGAAAAUUGCCUCCUCCAAAGAUGCUAAGACGAAAGAGAAGCACUUGUAUAAGAUUCUCCACUGGCUGGCUGACUGGGAUGACAGUCUGACGUAUGAGAUCAGGAAUAGAAAGAAUAAGGAGGAAGAGGAAGCCCUGGAUGAAUGGAUCGACAUGAUGGAGAAGGUCUUACCUCUCUCUCUCAUCACCACCAAAGGAGGCACUGAGUCUCUCAUUUCCAUUUGCUCUGCUCUCAUUGAAGGACAAAAAAAAAAAAAGACACAAAUGUCCACACGCACCUUCUGGCAGGGCUGGCAGGGCUGGCAGGAACAAAGCCUGCAAAAAUUGACAUCCUACCCCCAGCCACUGAGCCCAGAGUUCAUGCUCCAGGACAAGCAGACUACCUGCACUAGUGUCUCCGAGGUGAAGUCCAUGCCCCAGGAGCUCCUAGACUCCACCACAUUCAGCCAGGAGGAAGUCAGGGCCAUCAGGUACAUGUCCACUGUGGUCAAGAACCUCAAUAAGGUCUUGAUCAUCCAACAUAAGGAGAACAGGAGCCUGGAGACCAAAUACACAUACCUGAAAAUGGAGAUGCCCAAAGAAUUCAGCAGCCAGAGGCUGUACUUCCAAAAGUCCCUUCAGGUCCUUGAGAAUAAGAAGGAUGCCCUACUAAAGCAGGUAGAAGUUCUAGGGGAAAAGUACCAUGACCUUCUCCUGAUAAAGCAUGCCUUAGAAUUCCAGCUGAAGAAGGCUCAGUCUGCUAGAGGUCAAGCAGAAGACCUAGCCAAGAUCAUCAUUAACUCCCUGGGCCCCCCUGAGAAAGAGACCCCUAAGAAAGAAACAGUCAUUCCUGUUGGGGAAGAAACCCAACAGGAACCCAAGGAGGUGGAGCAGUUGUUUUCACCACCCUCCCCAAGUCCCAUGGCCACUUGGAACAGUGGUGCUGGGCCUUCAACCCUUCAGCCACUUCCCACCGUGACCACACACUCCAGGACCACAGAUGUGUACAGCAGCAAGGACACUGAGUGUCUCCAGCCUGUGUUGCUAUCCUCAGUGAAUCACAAGUUCCCUAAGAGAUAGGAAAGGCCAGUUGAAGGAAGCCCAGGCCAAAAAGUCGAAGACCAGAAGGACUUCUUCCAGGAAGCAGUUCAGGAGGAGGAAGGACUCCAAAUUAAGUCCCAGUUUAGGAAGCAGCUGUCUCCAGAGAGCUGCAAGAAGGUGGCUCUGGAGAGCCAGGGGGAGCACUGGGGAGAGGAACUGAGCUGGGAGAGGCAGAGGCAGCAGUGGUUGGAGGAAGAGGAGAUGUGGCUGCAGCCGAAGAGGUGGGUCCUGUUGGAGCAGGAACACGAGGAGAAGGUGCGGCAGCGGAAGACGGAGGAGGUGGCGAGGGAGCAGCAGCAGAGAUUGGGCCAGCCGGAAAAGACGCGGAGAGCACAGAGGGAGUCAGAGUGGCCAAAGGAGGGCCCAGAGAGGAUGGUCUUCCUGACCGCCAGUCGGUGGAAGGACUUGCAGAAGGCAUCAGUGGCACCUCCCCCAAGCUGGGUCCAGUCUGCUCACCAAGGCAGGAGACCAAACUUGUCCUGGUCCCCUAGUACCCAGCAGCUUGCCCCCAGAAAUCAGAGGAUUAUGAGUUCAGCCAAGUUUACCCAGAAGCCCUGCACCUGCCAGGUUCCCAUGAAGUUCAAGAAGUCAGCCUCCUUUCCUGUCACAGGGACAUCCCUCCGAAAGGUGACCCAGUCCCCUUUGCAUAUAUCCCUGGUAACUGUUCUGGGGAAGGUCUACCACAUGGAUGUGGAGGCUCUGAGGAAGAAUCUGCAGUUCCUGAGUGAGGAGGCUGGGCUGGGGCUGCCCCAGUACCUGUGCAGCAAUGCUCUGGAUCUCAUCACCUCCAUGAUGGCCCUUAACACACUCAGACUGCCGUGCCUGUGCUAUAAGUACAUCCUCUACAGACGCUUCUGGAACCUCCAACAAGAAGUGAUCAGUCAUGUAUAAGUCAUGCGAGAAACAGGGGCUGCCUACAAGGCCCAGAACCUCUACAUCUUCCUGGAAAACAUCGACUACCUGCAGAACCUCUGGCUGUAGGCCUGGACAGACAGGCAGAAAGGCCUGAAGGAGAAGCAGUGAGAGCGCCUGAGCAGCAUGGUGGCCAUGUUCCCCAAGCUCCAGCUGGAGUGGAACAUUCACCUGCACACCCCUGUGCUCAUAUCCCCAAAGUCAAGGAAAAGCAAGCCGCCCCCCCUUACUCCAGCGCACCCAAUCUAGACGCAUGUCCUGUCCAAGUACCAGGAAUGCAUUAUGCCCCUGGGGAUGGCCUGCCAACAGGGGAAUCAGAUGGACGCCGUCUGGAAGGCGGAUGUGGCCUCCUCCAGUCACCCAAUAGAAGAGAAGACCCCCACCAGCCUGCUCUGGGACCAUCUAGGGGGAUGCCCGGAUAUUCCCCGGCAGUUCACAUUGGAUGUGCAUUCCUUCUACCACAAAAGCUUGAUGUCCCUCAAGGCCCGCUCUUUCACUGCCUCAGCAACCCAGAAAAGGGAAUGCCAAGAACCUCCAGAUCAAUCAGCUGAACUUAUUCGUAAAAAGUCAAGUGAGUCCUUCCCUGGAGCCCUAAAAAGCCAGAAGGUUCAAGAAAAUUGCAGUCCCCAGUCCAUUGCUUAG